AGUUCUGUCACUGAACGCUUUUUCAUGGAGCUGAAUACUCGUCGUAUUGAUACCAGUGUUGCUAGAAGUGAGACACUUAGCAUAAUACAUGGGAUGCGCUACCUUAAAUUGGGGGUAAAGACAGAAGGUGGGCUAAAUGCAUCAGCGUCUUUUGUGGCGAAAGCAAAUCCUCUUAAUCGUGCCCCUCACAAACGGAAGAGUGAACUCCAUCAUGCUCUUUGCAAUAUGCUUUCCAGCAUACUAGCAUCACUUGCUGAGGGUGGUAAGUUGAAUUGGCCUCCUAUUGGUGUGGAUCCAGCACUUACCCUUUGGUAUGAUGCUGUUGCUCGAAUAAGAGGCCAGUUGAUGCAUUGGAUGGACAAACAGAGCAAACACAUCUCUGUUGGCUAUCCAUUGGUGACCCUGCUUCUUUGUCUUGGUGAUCCACAAACAUUUAAUGCCAAUUUUGGCCCCCAUAUGGAACAUCUUUAUAGACAUCUUAGAGAUAAAAAUCACCGUUCAAUGGCAUUGGACUGCCUUCAUCGUGUUGUGAAGUUUUAUCUAAGUGUCUAUGCAGAUUUCCAACCUAGAAAUCGUGUUUGGGAUUAUUUAGAUAGUGUGACUUCUCAGUUGCUGACUGUUCUGAAGAAAGGCUUGCUGACUCAAGAUGUUCAACAUGAUAAACUUGUUGAGUUCUGUGUGACUAUUGCAGAAAGUAACCUAGACUUCUCCAUGAACCACAUGAUACUAGAAUUGUUGAAAUCAGAUAGCUCAAGUGAAGCAAAAGUUAUUGGCUUGAGAGCUCUUCUUGCCAUUGUUAUGUCCCCAUCAAAUGAGCAAUCUGGUUUGGAACGUUUUCGAGGCCAUGAUAUAAGUCAUUACAUUCCGAAAGUAAAAUCUGCAAUUGAAUCGAUUUUAAGAUCUUGCAAUAGGAUAUACAGACCGGCUCUUCUUACAUCAUCCAGGACAACAAUAGAUACCAUAACAAAGGAGAAAUCUCAAGUAACCCUCUUCAGAUCAGUACUGAAGUGCAUUCCAUAUCUGAUAGAAGAAGUUGGUCGCAACGAUAAAAUAACAGAAAUAAUUCCUCACCAUUGCAUAAGUAUUGAUCCUGGUGUUCGAGAAGAAGCUGUGCAAGUGAUGACCAGGUUGGUGAGAUAUCUUCCGCACCGUCGUUAUGCUGUGAUGAAGGGUAUGGCCAACUUUAUAUUAACGCUUCCUGAUGAGUUUCCUCUUCUCAUUCAAACAUCAUUGGGACGUCUUGUGGAGCUUAUGCAAUUGUGGAGAUCUUGCUUAGCUGAAGAAGCAUUAAAAGGUGAUGUUCAAAAUGGUAAAAGACCAGGUCUGGGAGGCAAUACAUCUCAAGCAUCUCCUUUUCAUCAAUCUGGGGAUCCAACUGAGUUCCGUACAUCAGAAAUGGAUGCAAUUGGUCUUAUUUUCCUCUGCUCUGUGGAUGUGCAGAUAAGACGUACUGCUUUAGAGUUACUUCGUCAUGUCCGAGCUCUGAAAAAUGAUAUAAGAGACCUCUCAAUAAAUGAGCGAUCUGAUUAUAAAUUUAGAUAUGAAGCAGAACCUAUAUUCAUCAUAGAUGUCUUGGAAGAAAAUGGAGAUGAUAUUGUUCAGAGCUGCUACUGGGAUUCUGGACGUCCUUAUGAUUUGAGACGGGAAUUAGAUCCUGUUCCUUUUGAUGUAACGCUUCAAUCCAUUCUUGAGAGCCCAGAUAAGAACAGAUGCGCUCGAUGUCUUAGUGAACUUGUCAAGUAUGCUGGUGAACUCUGCCCUAUUUCUGUGCAGGAAGCAAGAGUGGAAGUUACACAGAGGCUUGCUCUCAUUACACCUAUCGAGUUGGGCGGGAAGGCUAGUCAGUCGCAAGAGGUAGAAAACAAACUGGACCAAUGGCUAAUUUACUCAAUGUUUGCAUGCUCUUGCCCACCUGACAAUAGGGAAGAUGGUGGCUUUGCAACAGCUAAAGAGCUUUUCCAAUUUAUAUUCCCAUCACUUAGACAUGGAUCUGAGGCACAAGCUCAUGCAGCCACAACAGCUUUGGGCCAUUCACAUGUGGAUAUCUGUGAAAUCAUGUUUGGGGAGCUUACAUCAUUCAUUGAAGAGGCUUCAUCUGAAAACGAGGGAAAACCAAAAUGGAAGAACCAGAAAAGCCGCCGUGAAGAGCUUCGGGUUUAUAUUGCUAACAUAUACCAGACAGUUGCUGAGAAAAUAUGGCCAGGGAUGUUGAGCCGCAAACGUAUACUUUGUUUACAUUUUUUGCGAUUCAUUGAUGACACCUACCGUCAAGUAUGCAUUUCAGGAUUUGAUAGCUUUCAAGAGUUACAGCCACUUCGCUAUGCAUUAGCUUCUGUUUUAAGAUCUCUAGCUCCUGAAUUUGUGGAUUCAAAAUCUGAAAGAUUUGAUUUAAAAACCCGGAAGAGACUAUUUGAUCUCCUUCUUAGCUGGUGUGAUGAUACUGGAAACACAUGGGGUCAAGAAGGCAACAGCGACUACCGUCGUGAGAUUGAACGCUAUAAGGCUGCUCAACAUAGUCGCUCAAGAGAAUCUAUUGAUAGAUUUGCCUUUGACAAAGAAGUGAUCGAGCAGGUUGAGGCAAUUCAAUGGGCUGCCAUGAAUGCUAUUGCUUCACUUCUAUAUGGUCCUUGUUUUGAUGAUAACGCUAGAAAGAUGGGUGGACGGGUUGUGUCUUGGAUUAACAGUUUGUUUGUUGAACAAGCUCCCAGAGCACCAUUCGGAUGUUCUCCUGCAGAUCCAAGAACACCAUCAUAUUUGAAGUACACCGGAGAUGGAGGGCGGUUGGCAGGUGGAAGGGAUAAGCAGAAGUGUAGUCACCUUCGUGUUCUCUUAGCAAAAACUGCCUUGAAGAAUCUUCUUCUGACAAACCUUGACCUCUUUCCUGCAUGCAUUGAUCAGUGUUACUCUCCUGAUUCUUCCAUAGCUGAUGGCUAUUUUAGUGUCCUUGCUGAAGUCUACAUGAGCCAAGAAAAUCCUAAGUGUGAGAUUCAAAGGCUACUAAGUUUGAUUCUCUAUAAAGUAGUUGAUCCAUCAAGACAAAUUCGGGAUGAUGCCCUUCAAAUGUUGGAAACACUAUCUGUACGAGAAUGGGCUGAGGAUGAUAUUGAGGGCAUAAGCCGUUACCGAGCUUCUGUUGUUGGCAAUCUUCCUGACUCCUACCAACAGUUCCAAUAUAAGCUUUCUGCAAAACUGGCCAAAGACCAUCCUGAGCUCAGUGAGCUCCUGUGUAUGGAAAUCAUGCAACGGCAGCUUGAUGCAGUGGAUAUUAUUGCUCAGCAUCAAGUUUUAACUUGUGUAGCUCCCUGGAUUGAGAACCUUAACUUCUUGAAAUUAUGGGAAUCUGGGUGGAGUGAAAGACUAUUGAAAAGCCUUUAUUACGUGACAUGGAAACAUGGAGAUCAGUUUCCUGAUGAGAUUGAGAAGCUUUGGAGCACUGUAGCAAGUAAUACUCGCAACAUCAUUCCAGUUCUGGACUUCUUGAUUACCAAAGGGAUUGAAGAUUGUGAUUCAAAUACAUCAGCAGAAAUUACUGGUGCCUUUUUAACAUACUUUUCAGUAGCAAAGCGUGUGAGUUUAUAUCUUGCACGCAUUUCCCCUCAAAAAACUAUUGAUCACCUGGUUUGUGAAUUAUCUCAGAGGAUGCUGGAAGAUAGCAUGGAUCCAGUUAGGCCAAGCAAGGUUGAUGCUUCUGGAAAUUUUGUUUUAGAGUUUUCCCAAGGGCCUACUGCUGCCCAAAUAGCGACCGUUGUGGAGAGUCAGCCUCACAUGUCACCUUUGCUUGUCCGUGGAUCCCUUGACGGCCCACUUAGGAACACCAGUGGUAACCUGAGCUGGAGGACUUCUGUUGUACCUGGUCGUAGCAUAUCAGGUCCGUUGAGCCCUUUGCCUCCAGAGGUUAACAUGGUAUCUGCUGCUGGCGGCCGGUCAGGCCAACUCCUUCCAGCACUAGUGAACAUGUCAGGACCAUUGAUGGGAGUCCGUAGUUCAACUGGCAACUUGAGAAGCCGUCAUGUAUCCAGAGAUAGUGGGGAUUUGCCGAUUGAUACACCCAACUCCGUUGAAGAUAUCUUGCAUCCAACUGGCAGUGGGAUCCAUGGAGUCAAUGCCAGUGAACUCCAAUCAGCUUUGCAGGGACAUCACCAACACUCGCUGUCCAGUGCAGAUAUUGCAUUGAUCUUACUUGCAGAGAUUGCUUAUGAAAAUGAUGAGGAUUUUCGCGAGAACCUCCCUCUGUUAUUCCAUGUUACAUGUGUCUCAAUGGAUAGUUCUGAAGAUAUUGUCCUUGAGCACUGCCAGCAUCUGCUUGUUAAUCUGCUCUAUUCACUUGCUGGUCGACAUUUGGAACUAUAUGAUGUGGAGAAUAGUGAGGGGGAGAACAAGCAACAAGUUGUGAGCUUGAUCAAGUACAUCCAAUCUAAACGUGGCAGCUUGAUGUGGGAGAAUGAAGACCCUACCCUAGUGAGACCAGAGCUUCCAAGUGCAGCACUUUUAUCAGCGUUAGUGAUGAACAUGGUUGAUGCUAUCAUUUUCCAAGGAGAUCUUCGUGAAACAUGGGGUGCGGAAGCACUAAAAUGGGCAAUGGAGUGCACAUCUCGGCACCUAGCAUGUCGUUCUCAUCAAAUAUAUCGUGCUCUGCGACCCACUGUCAAAAGUGAUGCAUGUGUGCUUCUCCUACGUUGCCUCCAUAGGUGUCUGGGGAAUCCUGUUCCUGCUGUUUUAGGCUUUGUGAUGGAGAUUUUAAUGACAUUGCAGGUGAUGGUGGAGAAUAUGGAGGCAGAAAAAGUCAUACUUUACCCACAGCUAUUCUGGGGUUGUGUUGCAGUGAUGCACACAGAUUUCGUCCAUGUCUACUGCCAGGUUCUUGAUCUCUUCGCUCGGGUGAUUGAUCGGCUGUCAUUUCGUGAUCAAACUACUGAGAAUGUGCUACUCUCCAGCAUGCCUCGGGAUGAGUUAGACACCAGCAACAGUGAUGCUGCUGACCUUCAACGGCUGGAGUCACGAGGUGCUGGGGAGCCAUCACUGACAGAGAAUGGGAAGGUUCCAGUCUUUGAAGGUGUGCAGCCACUAGUGCUGAAGGGGCUUAUGUCCACUGUAAGCCAUGGUUCUGCAAUUGAGGUGCUGUCCCGCCUCACAGUCCCUUCCUGUGACUCUAUAUUUGGGAACUCAGAGACCCGGCUCUUGAUGCACAUAACGGGCUUGCUACCCUGGCUGGCCUUGCAGCUCACCACAGAUCCAAACUCUACCAGUUCAUCAUCUCCUAUGCAGCAACAGUACCAGAAAGCAUGUGAUGUUGCAUCAAAUAUUUCAUUCUGGUGCCAGGCAAAAUCACUUGUCGAGCUUGCAGAAGUGUUCUCAGCCUAUGCACGAAGUGAAAUUAUAACCAUUGAUGUUCUCUUUUCUUGUGCAUCACCGCCAAUUUGUGCUCAGUGGUUUCCCAAGCACUCUUCUCUGGCAUACGGGCACUUGUUACGGCUACUUGAGAGGGGACCACUCGACUACCAAAAAGUGAUACUCCUGCUGCUUAAAGUGCUGCUCCAGCAAACUCCAGUGGAUGCAGCCCAGAGCCCGCACGUAUAUGCAAUUGUUUCGCAGCUUGUGGAGAGCACAUUGUCCUGGGAGGCACUGAGUGUUGUGGAAUCACUGUUGCAGAGCUGCAGCAGUUUGGCCGGCGGGCAUACUGAUGAGAGUGGAGCGAAUGAGAAUGGGUUUGGCCUGAUGCUCGAGGAGAAGGGUCUGCAAGCUCUGUUGGCACCACAGAGUUCUUUCAAAGCUAGGAGUGGUCCUUUGCAAUAUGCAUCUGGUUCAGGUUUUGGUGCUGGAGUUGGGGCCCAAUCUGCGGGUGCUGCGGCACCAGAAGGGGGAUUGUCACAGAGGGAGGUAUCACUGCAAAAUACGCGCUUAAUUCUUGGCCGUGUGCUCGACACCUGUGCUCUAGGUAGGAGAAGGGAUUACAAGCGCCUUGUGCCUUUUGUCGCUAAUAUCGGAAACCCUUGAAGUGUAUAUUCAAUCUUGUUAGUGUUAACUAAGUUGUGUUAAAGUUGUUGGUAGAUGGGGUGUAGCAUGUCUUGAUAAUGUAGAGAAUGGUAGCACUGCUGCCACUGGGUUCAGCUUUGUUGUGUUGCUUUAGCUUAUGUCCAACUUAGGUUAUCAGGCCAGAGGGUGGUUGGUGUGUAUAGUUGGCAAAGUCAUUAGUCUUUUUAUUGUUUAAUAACCUUGUUAACCUUGCAAGAUGAACUGAAUUUUGUUGACAUUUUUUUUUGUUAGAUAGUAAGAAACUAGUUUAUGUGUUUA